UCAAACAUGGCGAAACGAAAGAGAGACAAUGGCGCUGAUACAAACAGGUGGGACAGAGUAGUUGAGGAAAAGUUCGUGGAGUUAUGGCAACAAUACUCCUGCCUUUAUGAUAUUUCAUCGAGGGACUACCACGACAAAGAAAUAAAAGACGAAUCAUGGCGAACGAUAGCGGAGGCAGUUCAGCAACCCGUCGUCAAGGUCCAAACAAAAGCUUCUUCCCUCCGAACACAAUAUGGGAAAGUGCUCCGUAUAAAACAGAAUGGUUGCAGUGACAAAGAACUAACUUCCAGACAGAAGUGGCUUUUAAAAAAACUGAAGUUUUUACAACCCUUUGUUAUCCACCGGGUGUCUCAGAUUACAGUGAGUUUGGAUGAGUUUGAAAAUGACAUCACAGAUGAUGAUGAAGAAGACCAGGAGAUAGAGGAAGAUGUGUCCGAGUCAUCCACUUCCCACCACACAUCUAGACCAUCAACUCCAAUACCCACACCUGAAGCCUCCUCAUCCAACUAUCGUCAGGUCACAGUCAAUUAUCCUGAAAGACCAAAUAACAGGAAGGCCAAAAAGAAGCCAAGAGAAAAAUCCGUGGAUCAAAUCGAAAUGGAGAAAGUAAAGAUUUUGAAAACUAUGUCUGAAACACUGCUAGAUGCCAGUCAGGAUGUUGAUCAAACAUUUGCCAAACAGGUAGUUUCAGAGAUGAAGCUAAUCAAAGACCCGUUGACCAAGAUGAGACUGCGUCGCAACAUCCUUAUGAUGUUAUACGACGCACAUGAAAAUGAGGUGAGCUCUGCAUCGAAUCCAGACCCCACAAUAAACUGUGUAAAAUGUGAACCUGAAUAAGAAAAGCAAAGCUGAGCAUUUUCAUUUCACAAUUUUACCACACUUCCCCCGUGGAUGUGACAGACCAAGCGUGGCAGAAAGCCUCUCUGUACCUCCAGUGUUCAGUCUAAAAGGGCUGCCUGGAUGGCGACAGGAGAAAAGUAGGGCACUGCAACCACGGCAAGUCCACUGAUUCACUGCAACUAUCAAUUAUUUCUGUCAGAGUGAUUUCUUUUUCUUGCUUCGCGUUGUGCUUGCAUUGCAUUUCUAUUUUUAAUCCAUUCGUCAUAGAUAUUAAGUUAAGUUAAAUUAACUUUCCAGACUUUUAUGAGUGGUUAUUGUGUCAUGUUGCCAGAUGUAAUGACAAUGUGUGUAUCUACUUUGAUACACACUGUAGUCUGCAUUUACAGCUGAGCUAACCAUGAUAGAAACUAUUAUUUUCUUACACUGAGUUUUGGAUAACUCAUGUUUUUAGUUAAGAAGAUUGUUUUACAUAUAUUACUGUAUACUACAGCUAGUACAACAUAAAGUUUGUAAGUAAAUAUUUUACUAAGUCUAGUGUGGAUCAUCUUCACUGACCUGUGCAAAGCCCAGAGCUGAAUGCCAUUGAACAUCCUACUGGGACCAUGGAGCCAUUGAAUAGUGGCAAGUCUUUCCAUCUUUUUUCCAACAUCCAGUGGAAGACUUCCCAGAAGCUGUUCAUGGGAUGUCCAGCUCCCUAUUAAUCCCAAUGGUUCUGAAAUGUUUAACAGCUCAUGGGGUGUGGUGUAUGGGGUUGAAGAUGCAACACAUAUUGAAGAUAUACUAAAAACAUAUAUUACCAUUUCAUGCCUGCAUACCAGUAAUUCCUUGGCAACCACAUUGCCAAAGGCUGCAUCUGGAAAAGGUCCGCACAGUUGGGUACAGCUGUCAGGAGGGAGCGGUAUCUUACUCUUCAUUACUGUUACCUCUGCCAACCAAUUCAGCUUUGCAUUCCAGAGCUCAUCUGGGAUACACUUCUUGUCUGCCCCUUCAGUCAAUCGAGUGCAAAGAAAAUACAGUCUGUCAUAUAUAUCACUGAUUCAUCCCUGGGCAGCGUUUGAGAACAGCCAUUGGGAAAUCUGAUAUAUGGAAAUGCAUGUAAAGACAUACUGUAUGUUUAUGUAUGGAUUGCACUGUCACACAUAAAUGUAAGAUAUUUAUUAAAAUUACUACAUUAAAUAUAUUUCUGUACACAGCC